GAGUGUCAAACCGCCCCAAAAAAAAGCGCGGACAGAUGCUGGAUCGUCCGUUCGAUUCCACCGUCGGCCGUGUGUCGCUACAUCUUGGACGUCAGCUGACAGUUUGUAGUAACGACACACUAUACAAUUAAUCACUUGUGUUAUCCAUCAGUCUUAGACAACGAGUCUUUGUUUUAACUGCUUAUAGCACCAUUGCGAAUUAAGUUGUUACAUGCGUUUCAUUGGUCCUGGUGAAGUGAUCUUCAGUUCGGUUAGCGGUGAACUUGGCAAUCGUGAUUUGCUUUGAGGUGGGUGCGUUCAGCAGUGGAGGCACGGCGCCUCCAGGAGUCCAUUUAUUUUCCAAAGACAAACGCUGCCAGCACCAUGGUAGCCGGUUUUGUCGCCUGCGGUCCCAACGAGGCCCUGGUCGUGUCAGGAUGUUGUCAUUCACACCCGCUGAUGGUGCCCGGAGGGCGGGUGUUUGUCUGGCCGAUAAUUCAACGCGUACAGCGGAUUUCCCUCAACACAAUGACUCUUUCCAUAGAAUCAGCGCGGGUGUACACACAACAGGGAGUACCCAUCUCUGUGACGGGUAUAGCACAAGUAAAAAUUCAGGGUCAAAAUGUGGAAAUGCUUCGGGCUGCAUGCGAACAGUUCCUUGGAAAAUCAGAAGACGAAAUCAUGUCAAUCGCUCGAGAAACACUUGAAGGACAUCAGCGAGCUAUUAUGGGCACAAUGACAGUUGAGGAAAUCUACAAAGAUCGGAAAAAAUUUUCAAAACAGGUAUUCGAGGUAGCGUCUUCAGACUUGGUUAACAUGGGCAUUACGGUGGUAUCGUACACGAUCAAGGAUAUAAGUGACGAUGAGGGAUAUCUUCGUGCUCUAGGUAUGGCCCGAACAGCUGAGGUGAAAAGAGACGCGCGCAUUGGAGAGGCCGAAGCUAAAAGAGACGCACAGAUUAAGGAAGCGUUAGCGGAAGAGGAACGAUUAGCGGCUAAGUUCCUCAAUGAGACGGAAGUUGCCAAGGCGAAACGGGACUUUGAGCUGAAGAAAGCGAUUUAUGACCAGGAAGUGAACACAAAGAAGGCCGACUCGGAAUUGGCCUAUAGUCUUCAGGCCGCUAAGACGCGACAGCGCAUCAAGGAAGAACAGAUGCAAGUGAAAGUGGUGGAGCGUACGCAAGCAAUUCAGGUGCAGGAACAGGAGAUUUUGCGUCGAGAGAAGGAGCUCGAAGCAACCAUUCGGAGACCGGCAGAAGCAGAAAAGUACCGAUUGGAGAAACUGGCUGAGGCCAACAAGAAUAGAAUCAUAAUGGAGGCUGAAGCUGAGGCCGAAGCCAUUCGAUUAAAAGGUGAAGCCGAGGCUUUUGCGGUGGAAUCAAAGGCGAAGGCCGAGGCGGAGCAACUGGUGAAAAAAGCAGACGCCUUCCGGGAGUAUAAAGAUGCAGCAAUCCUCGAUAUGAUGCUGGAUACAUUGCCACGGGUAGCAGCUGAAGUGGCUGCUCCCAUUUCGCAAGUGAACCGCGUCGUAAUGGUAUCGGGAGGCAAAGGUGACGUUGGAGCCGCUAAACUUACUGGCGAGGUAAUCGAUAUCAUCCAGAAAACGACGACAAUGGUCCAUCAGUUGACAGGUGUUAAUAUUGGAGCGCAAAAGCCACCAACGUUUCCCUCCGGAGUUCAAACUACCCCGGCGAUGAGGACUAGCCGGGCCGCCAUGUAACUGCUAUCGGCCACCUGUCGCAUCACCAGUCGCGCCGCACACAUAAUUUUAUGGCUGGGAGCCUGCCUAACUGAAACCUAUAGCUGCUAUUCGUUAGUUGGAUCGGCGUAUGUGCUAAGCUUUUGGUUUUUUGAAUUACGACUAAGUACACGUAACUUAGCUAUACCUUUCCUGAUGACGUGUUUUUUUUAGAUUCAUUCUCCCCGCGACCUGCGUGAUAGAGAUAAUAAAAUGACCUGCUUGUUCCAUUGAUUGACUAGAGACCCUAUAGCUAGAGCCGCCUCCUUUCAUGUACAGUUCGUUAGCUGAUAAUAAAUAUAUGAGGUAACUAAAAUUCUAUAAUUACUGCUUUACUAAUUACCACGAAAUCCACCGGAAUUUGGACGAAAAUAAUUCUGAAUGAAACACAACCAGAUAAGUGGAACUAUUAGACCAUUGAGUGACAAUAAUAUAAUCCUAAUGGCAACGAAAUAUUUAAACCCCUCAUGAAGCACGACUGUAUGCGAACGCGUUAGCAGGAGUAUCAUACCAAGGGCGUCACAGUAUCCCAGUUUAUAAACAAACGGGCAUCUUAUUAUUACCAGAUAUGGUAGAAAUAUUUCAGAUUUAUUUUUUCGAUGAAAAUUACUACCAUACCCAUGAGUAGAUCAUCGACUAGCCGAUCACCAAGCAAUUUUUACCUUAGGCUCGGUUCAAGAUAAAUCGGAUGUUGCAAUAAUAAAUGUAAGCCAUAUUGGUAAUCAUAAAGCAGCUCGCAGAACAAUAGAUGCUUAUUUUAUCUCGCUAGUUAAUUUUAUCGGAUUAAACGAAGCGGCAUAGGAAGCAAUCAAUUAAUGACGGCCGGCGAUGAGACAAGAGGCCCUCAGUGGAAGCAUCGAAAAUAUAUUACUUCAAGUUGGGCGUGUCAUGUCCAACUUGAAGUAAAGUUGCUGAUUAAUUGAACCGUUAGCACUUUUAUCUAUUACAUGAAGAUUUCGGUAAGAUUGCGCCAUCUACUGCCAUGGCACGUGCAGAGUAAGAGAUGACAACGACGACGAGAUGAAGCUAGCAACCCAGAUAAGGUAUACUGAAAGACCAAUGGGAUGCGUGUGUAAAAACAAAAUACGACAUUUGUUUAUUGGAGGGGAUGUGAAUAAGCGAAAGAUGAACAAGGUGUGUUACGUAGGGCGAUGCUUAAUUAUCAGAGGAUGAAAGAAUGAAUGAAACUACAUUAAACAUAGUUUAUUUUAUGAAGUGCAGGUGCCUGCCUAUGGGGCGAAAUAAGAUAAGCAAUUGACAACUGUUAAUAAACAGAAUACGGUAGAGUUCCUCAAUAUAUUUAGGAAGAUAAUUGUUGAAAUGAUAAAAUAAGUAUGCCAGAAUGAUAAUGCCAGAAGCAAUUAAAAACAUUCUAGUUUUAUGACUCUGAAGUGAAAUUAACUGAACAGAGUCUGCAGUAAGUGAGAGUAAGCUUUUAAAAAUCCACUAGCACACCCAACUGUAUGCACACACGUUUAGCGCGCGCGUAAAUAUACCAGGUAUAUGUUUUACUCUUAUUUUUCAUAUUGAUAAUUGAAGACUGUCUUGUUUGACACGUAUGCGUACCUGUAUAGAUCAUCACUAGCAAUAGACAUAACUUGUUAAUAUCCUUGAUUAAUAUUUUCAUUCAAUUAACACAAUGUUCAUCUCAGUACCCUUUCUUGUAAGUCAUGUAAUUGGUUGGGAUAUUAUUUAGGGACCUACAACACCAGACUGUGUGUUAAAAAUCCAGCAACAAAUAAUUAUGGCAAUGUCGAUCCCAGCUUCUUCAGCAAUCCCUUCAAAAGUUCGUAACACGAAAACUUGCGUAGGGUUUUCGUUGACAUUGAAUCACAACUGACCAUAACGACCUUUCCGCUUUGGCAUACGAUAGCUGAUGAACAUGGCGGUCCGAUACAGACCUCGGACGCAGACAGUGGCUGAAUAGAAAGCAGGUCCGACAUCAAUAA